UUUUUUCCAGUGAAAAUUUUCCAUAAAAUGCGAAGAAAAACAUUUACAGAUUUCCCUGAAAAUUCAUAUUUUAUCAAAGGGAAUUUGGCAACGACUGAAGGCUCAUAUAUAUACGGCGUUUUUCUCUGGGACGUCAGUGCGGACACCCUUUACCUCUCUGCGUAGCGGCCACGCUGUGGUGGUUUUUGCCAGUUUCGCGGCCCUCUGCUGGAGCCGCAACAAGCGUUGGAGUCAGUCUGCAAUCCGAACGCGGAGCGAUCGCCACUUUGCUCACCCGGCGUUCAAGUCACUGAUGUCGUUCGCGACUGCCGCCACGAGAAGAAAACGAGUUGGUUGGAACAAGUGCCGUUACUGCCGCUGAAUUUGCGCGCGUGUACAGUUUUAUUCAGUGCCAUUCUUCGGAAGCUCUAGUUCCUCACGUGUCACGCGUAAAUUCCUUUGCUUCCUCACUUUGUGUAAAUUAAUUCGCUAAAAUUCCGGCUUCUCUCUUGGAUUAUUCAUUGCGUUCUUUGAAAAGGAGUGACGUUAACGACUUAAAGGACGUCAACCCGCAUCGACAGAGACCCUUGGCAGCAAGGUUCGUCCGACCGGGAGAAGUGUUGUUCGGGCCGACGAGGAGGACUGCGCGGUCUCCGAAAUCAUCCGCGUCUUCCGUUUCCGGGAGUUUCGGAGUGUGCUUCCGCGGGUCCCAAUGUUGCGCGGGUAACCAACUCCCGAAAAUUCCUCCUCCCCCGCACGCGAUUUCCAUUUCGGAUCUUACUGACCCAGUUCGGUCGAGAGUGAUUCCGCGGGUGCCUUCCAGUCGAUCUCACAUCCCAGGAAUCCGUCCUAAUCAAGGCCGCAAGGGGAAAUUUCGGCGGAGCAUCCGAAUCUGAGACGCCCUCCGUGGAAGCUGGUCCUGAUGCGGCCCCGGAUAGAGUGAGCGUGGUCCGGAUCGACCGCGAGCUCUUCCGAGCGGAAUCCGAAUCGUAUCGCGGAUUCGCGGGGAAGUGUUGGCUGGGUUAAGGACACUCGGAGACCGACAUCGACACCGGCACCGAUCAUCGCCUCGAGAUGAAUUGUAACUGCCCGGUGACGCAGCCGGGGCCGACGCUGGCGACGACCUGCGGUGGCUCGGCGUUUAUGCUCUUCAUGGGUCUCCUGGAAGUGUUCAUCCGUUCGCAGUGCGACCUCGAAGAUCCCUGCGGCAGGCCCGAGAGCAGAUCCCUCCCUGACCGCGAGUAUGACUUCAUCGUUGUUGGCGGCGGUUCUGCAGGGGCCGUCGUCGCCAACAGACUCAGUGAGGUGCCUUACUGGCGAGUGCUACUGAUCGAAGCUGGUGGAAAUGAACCGACAGGGACCCAGAUUCCAUCGAUGUUCCUUAACUUCUUGGGCUCUGACAUCGACUGGCGAUACUCAACCGAGCCGGAGGAUAUGGCUUGCCUCAAUGAGAAUGAGCGCCGUUGCUAUUGGCCCAGAGGAAAGGUCUUGGGCGGAACGAGCGUUCUGAACGGGAUGAUGUACAUGCGCGGGAGCCGGCGGGACUACGACGAUUGGGCCGUGGCCGGGAACCCCGGUUGGAGCUACCAGGACGUCCUCCCCUACUUCCUCAAGUCCGAGGACAACCUCCAGGCCUCCGUCAUGGACCCAGGAUACCACGGCGUCGGUGGAUACCUCACUGUCACUCAGUUCCCUUACCAUCCCCCGCUCUCGCACGCCCUCCUACAAGCUGGUCUGGAGAUGGGCUACGAGAUCCGGGACUUGAACGGGGUGCAGCACACAGGGUUCGCAAUCGCGCAGACGACGUCGCGGAACGGCUCGCGGCUCAGCUCGGCGAAGGCCUUCCUCCGCCCGGUGAAGGAGCGGCCCAACCUCCACGUCCUCCUCAACAGCACCGUCACACGGGUCCUCAUCGACCCCAAGAAGAAGCUCGCUUUCGGCGUCGAGUACAUCUCCAACGGACAGCGGGAACAAGUCCUCGUCAAGAACGAGAUCAUCAUCAGCGGAGGCGCGGUUAACUCUCCACAGUUGCUACUUCUGUCCGGUGUCGGGCCGAAAGAGGACUUGCGGCAGCUCAACAUCCCCGUCAUGCAUGACCUGCCGGGGGUCGGCAAGAACCUGCACAACCACGUGGCAUUCUUCCUCAACUUCUUCAUCAACGACACGGCCACGACGCCGCUCAACUGGGCCACCGCCAUGGAAUACCUCCUCUUCCGGGACGGCCUCAUGUCCGGGACCGGGCUCUCGGAGGUGACCGCCUUCGUCAACUCGAAGCUAGCCAACCCGGCGGACGACCACCCGGACCUCCAGCUCUUCUUCGGCGGGUUCCUGGCCAACUGCGCCCGGACCGGGCAGGUGGGCGAGAAGUCGGGAGACGCGGCCACGAACGCCGCCAGCGCUCCCACGCGGCGGACGGUGAACAUCAUCCCGACGGUGCUCCACCCCAAGUCCCGCGGGCAGCUCAAGCUCAAGAACGCCAACCCACUCACGCCGCCGCUCAUCUACGCCCGGUACCUGACGCAUCCCGACGAUGUGACCACCCUCGUCGACGGCAUCAAGUUCGCGCGGCGCCUCGCCGAGACGCCCUCGCUCCAGAAGUACGGCUUCGAGCUGGACCGCACCCCCGUCAAGGGCUGCGAGAGCCUCGAGUUCGGCUGCGACGCCUAUUGGGAGUGCGCCGUGCGGCGACAGACCGGGCCCGAGAACCACCAGGCUGGUUCCUGCCGGAUGGGCCCCAUCGGGGACCCCGGUGCCGUCGUCGACCCUGAACUCCGAGUCCACGGCAUCGACCGGCUUCGCGUCAUGGACGCCUCCGUCAUGCCCAAGGUCACUUCCGGCAACACCAACGCCCCCGUCAUCAUGAUCGCCGAGAAGGGCGCCGACAUGAUCAAACGAAGGUGGGUCGGCAAGCGACUCUGGAACAAAUGGUAAACUCCGUCCACGGGCAUGGGACUUACAACCAAUCCGUCGAUGUGUUUGCGACGUCCCCCAAGAUGUGUACUUCUAUCUCCCACCGGAGUUACUCCAGCCCAGCCAAUUGACGAUUUCCAACUUUCAUUUGACGUAUUUCCGCUGAUAGGAGCUAAGUGGAAAUAAAUGAAAUUAAUAAAAGGAACUAUAUAGCACGGAAACACUGUGCACAUAGAGUUCCUUUCAAUUUAAUUUAUUUUCACCUAAUUUCUUUUAACAUAAAUAUGUCAAAAUCAUCGUUUUCCAGACAGAGGACCUAUCUCCAUUAAGGUUCCAAAUUUAUUUGUAAAACUCAUUUUCUCACACAGAAGUAACAGAGCAACCGUUUCUGUCUCAAAAUUUUGCUGCUUUGUGACUUUGCUCCCCGGAAAAAAUUUUCAAUGUAAAAUGCCCUGUAGUAUUUGGGUAAAAAUGCAAAUUUUGAAUAUAAAUGUGGCAACGUUGAAACGUGCUUAUGUUAUUCCGUCUGAAAGACGACGAAUUUAGGUAGAUUUUAGGCUCUCAUUAUUCCAUAUGACGGUAAAAUUCGCGUGACCGUUGAAAGGCAGUGACCUACGAAAAAGGAAGUAAUAAUCGAUCCUCUCAAAAGGUUUGAAAACGAAAUCUGAUGAAUGUUCCGAAUCAAAUUUUUAUCCUCAACUGCAUCUCAUUCUGAGAAGAUUUUAGCGAUCCAAGAACAUGCACCUUUUUUUUUUAAUUCCUCGUGACUUAUAUCAACUUUGCAUUCAAAACAGCUGACAUAUUGGGUUUCAUCAAAACACCGGGUCAGAUUCACCUACUAGAUUCGCCUCAACUGUCAAUCGGACACUUGUUUUUCGUGGAUGCGAUUUUUAAGCCUCUAUAGAGAAGCAAAAAUUUAACUGCGGAUAAAAAAUACAUACUCACCAAUCCAUCAUUCUUGUAAACAAAAGUUCAUCUUCUAGGAGAAAACACUCUCCAUACAACAGAGAUGUAUUUUUCCAUCUUUUUUUUCAAUCCCUUUUCAGGCUUUCUAUUUUUGAAAAUAUCUGUUCUUGGCUUAAGUAGCAUUCUUUCAAAGUAGUGAAAUUUUAUAUCUCGCGAGUGUUGAAUUAAUGCCAUUGGUCAGCAACAUUCUUCUUUCUCUAUUUAAUGUAUGGAAAUGUAUCGAUUCUCGGAGAGUCAGGAGCUCUAGCUGGAUUUAAAUGGAGGAAAACCGUUGUUGCCAAAUUGCUGGUUCCGCUUCUGAUUAUUACUUCGUCUGCGAGACUUCAGGUGUAAGCCGAUCUAAACUUGCCUUUCAGAGAAGUUAAUAAUACGGUCGUAUUUUUUCUAUGAGGUAACCGUCAGAGGAAAGCGAGCUCAGAUAAAAAUACUGUGAUUAUUGUUGAUAUUACUAUUGUUAAGAUAUUUUAAAUUAAAAAUAAUUUAGAACCUAGCUAAGUUACACGUGUAAAUUUAUUAUUCAUACUCAAGCCAUGUUUGUAUCUCCACGAGGCAUCAUUUGAAAAUGAAAAGUUCAUGUCCAGUGACUUUGCAGCACGAGUAGGUAUGUGUAUCUUACUGCUGGUGAAAGUGCCAAAACACGAGUCCUGAUUUCAAAACAUUGAAACUGCGUGACUCCAUUUUUUUCUUUUGAAAAAAAUGCCUGCAAAACAAUUGUCGUAAGGCGAAGACAAAUCAGGGAACAUUUCUUCAGAAAAUGAUUUGUUUUUCCGUGAAAGAAUGCAAAACGUCGUAUAAUCGCGAGCAGAAAUACCUACGUGAUUUUGAACUUUCAUCAGUGACUGCAUGACUUUCACAUUUUUAUCAUUUACCGGCCUCGUGGAAUAAUUUACACCCUCCUCAAAUCUCCUCCGUAAUGAGAAUUUGACAAAAACUGCAUUUCAUUAAUUUUCUCAGCUGAUGGAAAUGGAGUUCAGGAGGGUAUGCCAUAAAUCUCAAUCAAAUAGUGGAUUUCAAGAUGUAGGUGGUACUUUCUCUCAACCUCAGAAUGCGACCACGUGUUUCAGUAUAGUCAUCAUUGGCGUCCAUUAGAGAUAAUUCAAGUCUCUCUGAACCUUCAGAGUCCAUAAUACAAAAAGGAUGAUGUCCAUAAGAAAUCCACAAAAAUCUGAGAUGGAAUUAGUUACUAAUUAUCUGUGGUAAUUUAGCUGUAAUAAUUCUAGGAACUUUUCUCUUUAAGGUGAUAUAUUUUCACACUUCUAAAUAUCAAUUUAUCUUAGUUUUUAACCGACUGAUUGAAUGACUAAUUUUAUUUGAACGAUCAUAUCAAAUCCAAACUUAAAACUAUAUUAGGCACUAGUUUUAGAUCUAAUCAAACAGUUGGCUGAUCUGUAAGCAUUCCUUGUAAGUAAAUAAAUUUAGGAAACAGGAUAUUUGAGAAAUCCCGGUAAAAAUCAUCAUCAAGUUCCCUCCUUGAAAAAGAUGCAUGAUUUUUAAAUGUGUACAUAAUGUGUAUUAAAGAAUAUUAUCAUAAGAGUAGUUUAAACGAGCGCUGUAUUGAGUGCUUUGAGGAAAUAGAACUCGUUAAUUCAAUGAAGUUAAUAUAUGUAGAAAAAGUUGUCAACAUUUCUGGUAUGCCAGGUUGAUUAAUCAAUAAAUUUGUGUAAAUAUACAUUAUACGUGGUGCAUU